GUAGCAUUUCCUCUCUUUCACUAUCUCUUUCUUGCGGAUAGCGUCGGAAUCCUCACUCUUCUACAACCAUGCCUCCAAAGUUCGAUCCAUCUCAGGUCGUAGAUGUGUAUGUCAGAGUUACAGGAGGUGAGGUUGGUGCGGCGAGUUCACUUGCUCCCAAGAUUGGUCCUCUCGGUCUGUCUCCGAAGAAGAUCGGAGAAGACAUUGCCAAAGAAACUGCCAAGGACUGGAAGGGCCUUCGAGUGACAGUGAAGCUCACCGUCCAGAACCGACAGGCCAAGGUUUCCGUCGUGCCGUCGGCGGCUGCUCUUGUUAUCAAGGCCCUCAAGGAGCCUGAGCGAGAUCGGAAGAAGACUAAGAACAUCAAACACUCGGGUAACAUCUCUCUCGAUGAUGUCAUUGAAAUUGCCAAAGUAAUGAAACCCAGAUCCAUGGCAAAGGACCUGAGCGGUACUGUUAAGGAGAUCCUUGGUACAUGCGUCUCCGUUGGUUGCACGGUUGAUGGAAAGGACCCUAAGGAUCUGCAGCAGGAGAUAACUGAUGGUGACGUUGAGAUUCCUCUGGAUUAAGAUGAUUUCCAGUGAGGGACCGGUUUCCUCCAUACCUUUUUUUUGUUAUCUAUAUUAGUUUUGGAUGUUAAGGAUUUUUUUUUUUACUUUCCUUCUUAGUGUAACCUCCAGUCAAUGAGUUUUGAGAACAAUUGAUUAAAUAUGUAGUUUUUUGGAUAAUAUCUUGGAUCAUA